AUGGGAGAGCCAAACGAGAAAUGCGAACUGUGCACAUGCUUGUUCGCGUCCAAGAUCGCACGUGGCCGCACACCCAAUCAGGUCGACCUCGGAUUGCCUCGGUUGCGGCCAAAUAAACAGACUGAACAAAUAGUCAUGGAGCCCUCUAUCGCAACGUCUCCGAAAAUCCCCACCAAACCGCUCUCAGACUUCCAGAAAAUCGGCCACAACACUUACGUGUGGACAUCACCAACGUACCUGUCUCACAGCCAAGAGAAACCGCCGCUCAUUCUGAUAUUUGCCUGGAACUCCGCUGCCGCUAAGCACAUAACCAAAUACACGACUUCGUACCAAAUGCUCUUCAACAAUUCCCAGAUUUUGCUUGUGCGUUGUUUCACACGAGACAUGUUUAGGAGAACGAAAGAAUAUGCCCCUCUGCUCAAGCCUGCAAUGGAUUUGUUGAACGAGCACGUGAAGAGUGGCGGCGAGGUGCUUGUGCACAGUUUCAGUAACGGGGGUGGUUCGCAAGUGAAUGAGUUUGCGAAGGCGUGGAAGGCACAGUACGCAAUGGUGAUGCCCAUGCGACUCCAAAUCCUUGACUCGUCACCUACCAAAGGACCCUGGAUGAAGUCGCAUGCGGCAAUUUCGGCGUCGCUGCCAAAGGAUGUGUUUUGGACAUGGUUCGGAGGCAUUCUUGUCCAUUUACUGCUUAUCUGUACUUUUGUUGUAUGGACUGCAAAGCGAAAAGAGAACAAGAUGGUCAUCUUGUGUCGAGAGCUGAACGAUACAGCCAUCUUUGAUAAGACUGUACCCAGGGUCUAUCUGUAUAGUCGUGCAGACCAGAUGGUUGGAUUUGAGGAGGUGGAAGAGCAUGCCGACAUUGCUGAAUCGAAAGGCUGGGAUGUUCAGAGGGUGGUAUUUGAGAAAAGUCCACACUGUGGGCAUAUACGCGAGGACGAAGCAAAAUACUGGGCAGCGAUCAUGGAGGCUUGGAAGAGAGUGUCACGCGAAGUAUGA